CGCGUUCGCGCGCGGUCAUGUGACUGGGCUAAGAUGGCGUCGCCCGGUUCCCGGUGGCUUCUGGCUGUGUCUCUUCUGCCCUGGUGUUGCGCCGCCUGGGAGCUGGGGCAUCUGAACCCGCCUUCGCCGCCGCCGCUGGUGAUCUGGCAUGGGAUGGGAGACAGCUGUUGUAACCCCAUAAGCAUGGGUGCCAUUAAAAAGAUGGUGGAGAAGGAAAUACCUGGGAUUUACAUCCUGUCUCUAGAGAUUGGGAAGAACAUGAUGGAGGAUGUGAAGAACAGUUUCUUCAUGAAUGUCAAUUCCCAAGUAACGACAGUGUGUCAGAUUCUGGAAAAGGAUCCUAAGUUGCAGCAGGGAUACAAUGCUAUUGGCUUCUCCCAGGGAGGCCAGUUUCUGAGGGCAGUGGCCCAGAGAUGCCCAUCACCUCCCAUGAUCAACCUGGUCUCAGUUGGGGGACAACAUCAAGGUGUUUUUGGUUUCCCUCGAUGCCCAGGAGAGAGUUCGCACAUCUGUGACUUCAUCAGGAAAACCAUCAAUGCUGGUGCUUACUCCAAAACUGUUCAAGAAUGGCUGGUGCAAGCAGAGUACUGGCAUGACCCCCUCCAGGAGGAUGUGUACCGCAACCACAGCAUCUUCCUGGCAGACAUAAAUCAAGAGAGGUGUGUCAAUGAGUCCUACAAGAAGAACCUGAUGGCCCUCAAUAAGUUUGUGAUGGUGAAAUUCCUGAACGAUUCCAUCGUGGACCCUGUAGACUCUGAGUGGUUUGGAUUUUACCGAAGUGGUCAAGCUAAGGAAACCAUUCCCCUCCAGGAGAGCACUCUAUACACAGAGGACCGCCUGGGGCUAAAACAAAUGGACAAAGCAGGAAAGCUAGUGUUUCUGGCUAAGGAAGGGGACCAUCUUCAACUGACUCAAGAAUGGUUUAAUGCCCACAUCAUCCCUUUCCUUAAGUGAAGCCCUUGCACUUUGCAGUAGAGCUCAGGAAACCCCAGCUCUUUGUGCCCAACCCUGACCGCUAAUCUAGCUUGCAAGCAGUCCUCUCCUGUUAUCUAACAUGCCCCACUUGGAAGAUCUAAGAUCCCAAUCUUAUUCUUUGCCGCCUCCUAUCCCCAUAUGGUGUUGAAUUCAAGUUUAAUUAGCUAAUAAUCAUGGAGAUUGUUUUACAA